UCGGACGCAGACAUUUUGGAUCCUGGCAGAAGAGCUGGAAACGGCGGGGACCACUACCAAGUCAGGCCGCACCGCCCCGGAACGUGAGCGCAAAAGAGCUCCCGUGGGAGCGACAAAGGCAAGCGGCGGGGCGAUCCGCGAGCCUCCUCUCGGCAGAACAAGCUUUCAAAGAGUGGCCCACCGCCCUGCCCUCAUCUGAGAUGGCGGCUCCGCGGGCGCUCUAGCCGGCGCCUCUCCAAUUCCCAGAGGGGGCGGCGGCCUCGCCACUGGCUCUGAGGCGGCUGCAACGCCGGUCGCCACGAGCGUGGGUUCUGCCCCGGCCCUUGGUGGCCUCGCGUACGUGGACGUGGGGGUCUCGGGCCUCUCCCCUUCCCCAGCCGGAUCCCCGGCCUCGCGGCCGCCUCAGCCGCAGCCGCUCCGGGCGCCGCCCCGCGCCGGCCGGCUGUAACCGCGCCUCGGGCCGGACGAUGCCCAAGAAGCUGCUGCUGCUGCCCCCGCUCUCGGCGUCCUCGACUCUCCGCGCCCCGCGAGCCAGCCCCGCCGCCCGCCCGGCCAUGAACGCCGCCCGCACCGGCUACCGGGUCUUCUCGGCCAACUCCACGGCCGCCUGCACCGAGCUGGCCAAGCGCAUAACCGAGCGUCUUGGUGCGGAAUUGGGGAAAUCUGUGGUCUAUCAAGAGACCAAUGGAGAAACAAGAGUUGAAAUAAAAGAAUCUGUUCGUGGCCAAGAUAUUUUCAUUAUACAAACAAUACCCAGAGAUGUGAAUACCGCCGUGAUGGAGUUACUGAUCAUGGCUUAUGCGCUGAAGACGGCCUGUGCCAGGAACAUUAUCGGAGUCAUCCCCUACUUCCCCUACAGCAAGCAGAGCAAGAUGAGGAAGAGGGGCUCCAUUGUGUGCAAGCUCCUGGCGUCCAUGCUGGCGAAAGCAGGUUUAACUCACAUUAUCACUAUGGAUCUUCAUCAAAAGGAAAUACAAGGCUUUUUCAGCUUUCCUGUGGACAACCUUAGAGCCUCACCUUUCCUGCUUCAGUAUAUCCAGGAAGAAAUCCCAAAUUACAGGAAUGCAGUCAUUGUAGCGAAGUCUCCUGAUGCGGCCAAAAGGGCGCAGUCAUAUGCGGAGAGACUCCGUCUGGGGUUGGCUGUAAUCCACGGAGAAGCCCAGUGUACAGAGUUGGACAUGGAUGAUGGUCGUCAUUCUCCCCCGAUGGUCAAAAAUGCCACCGUCCACCCGGGCCUGGAGUUGCCGUUGAUGAUGGCCAAAGAGAAGCCACCGAUAACUGUAGUCGGAGAUGUUGGCGGGCGCAUCGCAAUCAUAGUGGAUGACAUAAUCGAUGAUGUGGAAAGUUUUGUCGCUGCGGCGGAGAUCCUGAAAGAGAGAGGCGCGUACAAGAUCUAUGUCAUGGCCACUCACGGCAUCCUGUCUGCAGAGGCCCCCCGCCUGAUCGAGGAGUCCUCCGUUGACGAGGUGGUGGUGACGAAUACCGUCCCUCACGAGGUGCAGAAGCUGCAGUGUCCCAAGAUAAAGACCGUGGAUAUCAGCCUGAUCCUUUCUGAAGCGAUUCGGAGAAUCCACAACGGAGAAUCCAUGGCCUACCUUUUCCGCAACAUCGCUGUGGACGACUAGCUACCACGGUCGCCCGGACCGCGGGGCCCCUGCGGACAACGGGGGGAAAGCGGGGCCGUCGACGUCCAUGCCCGCGUUUCCUUCCAGGGGAGGACCGCAAGCAGCCUGGAGCCAUGUAGUCUGUCUUGCCAAGUUCGGGAGGUAGGAGGCAUUGAGCUGGUCAAGGGGAGGACAGAGCUCCUGGAUAAAUGGCCUUAACGUCCGCUGCCCUCAUCCCGUUCCUUAAACACAAGCUACGCUUUCCUGAAAAGAAGCUCCGAAUCUUACACAGAUGGGAAAGGAGUUGAAGGCAGGUAAGGUCUCAACUCCGUAACUGGCGGUCGGCACCGCGGGGAGCUGCGCGUGUCGGUGCGGAGCUUGGUUAGGGGAGCCGAGCGCCCGGCACCGUUUUCCAUCCUAGCUGGCCUCUCCCCGUCCGACCUCACAGAAGCCUUUCGUAGAAAACCCUCUUUUUCUGUGAGAGGCUGCUGGGCCUCCGGCCGCUGAACAACGAAGCGUGUGUGGCACGACCCCUAGCAAGGAGGUCCGAUUAGAGAGUAGCAUCCCGUCUCUGGAUACCUGCGUUGCUCUUCAACUGCAAAUAAAAGUAUUUGUGCUCUU